AUGGCCUCCUUCCUGCCAUCGCGCGACCUAUGCCCGCUCAAGCGGCUCGACGUCGGGACGCCCGUUGGUCUGGCACGGGCGCGCGGCGGCGUCGACCAGAUCUCAGAGGCUCUCGGUCUGGCGGGGCAGGAGCGCUGGCACGCGCUGCCAAGGCGACUCGACCAGGCCGCCGGUGAAGUGGACGGCAACGACGGCCAAGACAAUCAGGACUACGACGAGGACGAGGGCGAUGAUGAAGCCGAUGCCUUUGAGCUGCGCUACGUCCGCAGCUGGCUCACGCGCCUCAUCUCGGAGCUUUCGAUGGCAGUCGGCGCCGGUAGCGGCGACGAAGACGAUGACGACAGCCAGGAAGAGGUAGAGGCGCUGUUCGAACGAGCUUCGGAGCUGCUUUCGGCCUGCGCCGGCAAGAUGGCUUCUGGCCCGACGACCAAGACCCACUGCUUUGUCCGCCCCGACCUCGACCUGCGACUGCCGCUCCGGGACGGCACGCUGGUCCACGACUCGCUGGGCACCCACACGUGGGGUGCGGCGCCCAUGCUCGUCCAUCUGCUACUCCCGCUCGUCCCGGCGCCAGGCCAGGCCAUCACGGUGCUCGAGCUCGGCGCCGGCACCGGGCUCGUGGGUCUUGCCCUGGCCCAGUUUCUCCGGAACGCCGAUGCCGCGCUGGACCACGUCGUCUGCUCGACCGACUACCAUCCGACGGUGAUGCAGAACCUGGCGCACAAUGCCGGGAUCAACGGCUGGGACGGCGGCGGCAAGAGGCGCGACGCCCGCACGCGCUUCGAGGUGCGCACCCUCGACUGGCAGGCGGUCCACGCCGACGAGGUGCGGCACGGGCACGACUGCGACGGCCCCAACGCACACCCCCAGCCUGACGAGGCCUACGUCAGCACGGCGCAGACGGUGUCGUCGCUGCCGCAGAUCGAGUCUGAAUUGCAGGCCCACUGGGCGCGCAAGCUGGACGACGAUGGCCGGGUCGUGCCGCAGAGGUUCGACACCCUGAUCGCUGCUGACUGCAUCUACGACCCCGAACACCCCAAAUGGAUCCGCUCAGUGGCGCAGCGGUACCUCGAAAGGCGGCCUGCGAGCCCCGGCGCUCCAAGGCCGCUGCUGCACCUGAUGCUGCCACUGCGACCCACGCACGCCAGGGAGCUGGCAGCCAUCUACGAGGCAUUCCCGAUGGCGGGGACCAGACCGGGUGGCCUGCACGAGGAGCUGCGGAUUGUCGGGCAGGCCGACUACGUCGGGUACGACGACUUUGGCGCACCCAGCCUCGUCUCGUCUGCCAAGGGCCCGCGGCGUCGCUCCGCCAACAAGAGCACGUACCGCUGGAUCCAGAUUGGCUGGACGGCGACGGCGCCGGCGGAGACCACCAAAGAGGAGAUGCAGUAG